AUGUCGAGCAUGAUGCGUAGAGACCCCUAUCAGGAUGACAUAAUCUAUUCGCUCAUGAUUUGGACGGAAUUGGAGUCGCACUACUUUCCUGAUAGUCUGGAUGCGUGGGUGGCUCAUUGGACGGCAUUCAAAACACUGGUCAAGGAGUACCAACGCCAACGGCCACUUCCCACAAAUGCGGUCAUGAGAUACGUAUUUAAUCCGUUUCAGAAGAUUAUCACUAUUCUCGCGAUCAUGACCGAUGGGAUAUCCCCGGAACAACAUAAUGAUAUUAUGUGUUCCAACGAAACGUCACUCCUCGAUGAGCUUCUUCGGUUUUCGGCUUCCUCCGCGAUGCUAUCUAAUCUUCUCCACUCUGUCGAUCUCUCUGAUAGCGUUUCGUGCUCAUCGUUCUUGGAAAGCUGCAUCGCACAGCAGGAGAGUAUGAGAACAUGGUAUAGACUGAGGCAAACAGAUAUCGGCGAGUUAUUGUCUUGCAACACGGGUGAGGAGACCUCAUAUAGUGAUCUCCGUCCCACCGAUGAUCUAUUCGGCCCGGCGUCUCAAUUUGUAUCUCUCGAUAGCGCCAGGAUACAUAUGAUGUUUUUCAACGCGAUGCGACUUGUUCAUAUUUUGAUACACCACGCAAAAACUCUCGUCUCAUCACAUGUGCACGGCGAUCUACCCGAUGAGGACAAUGUUCUUCUCGAGGGCUUCUAUGCCGAUCAGAUUGCUCGAUCGAUUGAGUUUUGUCUACGUGACAAGAACCGAGCCUGCCUUGCUCAUCUCUCAAUUCUGCUCCUUGGUCAGAUCUCGCAGACUUACAUCAAAAUGCAAAGUGUUGAACGAAUUGCUUGGUGUGAAGAUGUGCUACUCAAGAUUUCUCAUCUUGGUUUCAGCAGUGCAAGUCACCGAAAGAUUAUCAUGGUUGAAGAAUGGAAUAAGGCGCAAAUGAUCCGAGGCCGGAGAAGACACGAAUUAAAGGCGAUACCGGCCAAAUGA